GCGGUUCGCUAAGCAUUUGUGCGCACAUUGUCUCCUUGAAUAAAUAACUUGGUGCGUAAUCAUUAUUUUGAUGAGGUUUGCUGCGUUAUCCAGUGAUGUCUUAGAGUUUGUGUUGAUUGUGAAUGCGUCAAAGGUCAACCCGCAAUCUUAUCUAUUGCUCUUUAAAUAUUAGCGCCGUGGAUCCACACAAGUCAGUUAACUGAGAGCAACGGAUGAACAUACAAAGCGAAAUUGUGUUUAAAGUUACGUGAACGAAAUAUUAUUAGACUGGAAAGUGAUACAAUUAUAUCUUGUUGAUUGUGAUAUUUUAUUAGUGAAUUUGAUAAACUAGUGAUUUCAUCAAAAUGCCUAUUCGUCGUAGCAAGGUAUUAGUAAAAUGGAUCUACGAGAACCAGCACAAGAUGCAGACAAUGCGUUGCUGCAGUUCAUUGCUGCGGUACAAGGAGCUGGAAGAGAGCGCACCAGCCGAGCCCGAAACGAUCUCAUGCCCCCAGACAAAACCUACUCCUCAGAUAUCACCUGAACAUACUUUUAAGUAUAGCGAGCUCCAAGUAAGAUUAGCAGCACCGUAUCAGUUGCAGCCAAAACCAGAUGUCAGUGCUUUAGGCUUUGGCAAAUACUUUACCGACCAUAUGCUCAAAGUACACUAUCACAAACAGCUAGGAGGCUGGCAGAAACCAGAAAUUGUACCUUUCGAGCACCUUACUAUACAUCCCGCAGCAAAAGCUCUGCACUACGCUAUACAGUUGUUCGAAGGUAUGAAAGCAUAUCGAGGAGUUGACGAUAAAUUGCGAUUGUUUCGACCAGACUUGAAUAUGGAAAGAAUGAAUUUAGCUGCACAGAGGUCCGGUCUGCCGUUGUUUGACGGAGAAGAGUUAAUCAGUUGCAUAGCUCGGCUUAUACAAAUAGACCAGGAAUGGGUCCCACACUCUGAAACGUCUACACUGUAUGUACGACCUACCUUAAUAGGAACUGAGCCAACGUUCGGUGUGAUGGAGCCCGACUCGGCCCUACUGUUCGUCAUCAUGAGUCCGGUGAGCGCCUACUACAAGACCCGGGAUGACGGCGCGGUGUCUAUCUACGCGGAUCCCAGUGUGGUGCGCGCAUUUCCUGGCGGAGUCGGAAAUAGGAAAGUUGGCUCGAACUAUGGACCUACUAUAGAGGUCACAGCGCGAGCGGCGAGGCUAGGACACCAACAAGUAUUAUGGUUAUUUGGACCGGACAGAGAGCUCACAGAAGUCGGGGCCAUGAACAUUUUUAUAGUUUACAUUAACGAACAUGGAGAUAAGCAAUUAAGUACCCCACCGUUAAACGGACUCAUUUUACCCGGAGUGACGCGAAGGUCCAUUCUAGAGCUCGCCAGCCAGUGGGAGGACUUGACGGUCAAAGAAGAAGUCAUCACAAUGGAUCGUUUGAUCCAACUCAACAACCAAGGACGAUUACUGGAAAUGUUUGGCGCUGGAACCGCAGUGGUGGUAACGCCCAUAAGCAACAUUGGCUUCGUCGACCAAAACAUCCACAUCCCAACCAUGAACCAAUCGCAGCCAGUGUACCAGCGGCUCAAGGACACGCUCCUAGCCAUCCAAUACGGGCAUAUAGACCAUCCGUUCUGCAAGAUACUCUCAUAGUACAAUGUGAGUGACUAUGCCUCUCAAUAAUCUAACGUUGAGAUCUAUACAGCGCACUUUGACUUUGCUUACACUUAAGUUUAGGUUAAAAAGAGACAGAUUUAUGCUAACGAUAUAUAGCUCUCUCGUUUUAGCAGUAUCUUAAAUCGAGCAAAGUUAAAGUACACUCUAUAGAUUUGUGUGAGUGACUUAAAACCAGUGAGUAAAAUAGUGAACAAUAUCAAACGGACUCGAAGAGCUGUAAAAUUAGGUACUUUAAAGCUUUAAAUUAUGUAAAGUUCACACCAAAUACCGUAUUUGGUAAAUGUUAGGCUUAAGAACAUAUCCAAUGUCAAUAGGGUAUUUGACAGCAUGUAAAAUAUAGGUUCUACUGAUAGGAUCCGUAUUGAAUAUGAAUUUUCGAAAUCAACAAUUUAGUAAGUUAAGAAAAAUACGAGAUAUUUUAAGGGAAAAUGGA